AUGGAAAAUCCUAGAGAAAAACUAGAAAACGUCAUAAUCUUUCGUGGGUUGUGCUAUGAAGAAGUUCGUGACUCAAUAAUGUCAAAAGAGUUAUCUGUUAACACGGUGGUGAAAAUUCAUAAAAAAGAUCGAACUAAAUAUCCUAGUUCAGAAUUCUUACUGCUAACCAGUCACCAUGAAUAUUAUUUUCCGUAUUCCGGACCCGAAAGAAAUUUCUUCGAAUUUACUAUUCUUCACUUGGCUCUUUAUUUAGAUGACGAUGAAUUCGUAGACUUCCUCCUAGAGAACAAUGCUGACACGACUCUGGGAACAGAACAUUUGGCACCGGUAAUCAUGUCGGCGAUAAAGUUGAACCGCUUGAAGUAUGUCCAGAAAUUAGUAGCAGCUGGUGCUGAUGUAAAUCAGAUUAUCAGUGUAAGAGAAACAUAUGAGAAAUAUAGUGAUAUGCUUAAUAAUGAUGGUAAUUUUAAUAAUAAUACUUGUUAUAAUGAGUAUACACCACUGGAAUUUGCUGUCUAUCUGAAUGCAUAUGAGAUUGCUGAAUUUCUCAUCAGCAAGGGCGUUGAUGUUCACGGUAGAGAUUCCAAUGGAAAUGUUGACGACUCGCCGAUGAGUAUCGCUGCUUCAUCCAACAACGUAGAAAUGAUUAAAUUGCUGAUUAAACAUGGUGCUGAUAUUAAUGUUAGAGACUACUAUGGUUUGACUCCUCUGAUGAAAGCAGCUUUUGAGAAUGAUAACUCUGCCAGUCGCAGGUUUUUGCUAACUCAAUCUUCCAUAGAAAUAAAUUCUCUGACUAAUGACAAGAGAUCUUGUCUUCAUUUUCCAGAGCCUUGGUGCAUGGAGGAUGACCCAGUUGAUCCCGAGUCUAGUCUUCAAGAUCUUCUGGAUGCAGGUUGUGAUGUUAAUAUUGUGAGCAAACAUAUAUAUGGCAAAUUACCGAUUGAUACCUAUGGAGACAAAGAAAAGUGCCUUGAGGUCAUGAAGAAGCAUAUUGUGAAGCUGAUGGCGGCUGGCUUUUACAUCUGCGAUAGGAAUAAAGAAGUUAUUUCAGGAAGUGAAUUAAGAAAUUUCAGAGUUGAAUGUGAUACAGAAAUUGAAGUCAUGAAGAAUACUUAUGGAAUAAUGGCUGGAUUUUCCUUGUUUGAUAUACUCCACAGAUCUUAUCACAAAAUGGCGCUGAGGUUCAAGGAUGGAGAUGAAGACAAGUUUGACGACAAAAUGGCGGCCAAGUUUCCUCUGUACGCAGGAAUGAUUAAGUAUCGCUUGGAAAAAGCUGGUCAGCGAAGAAAAUUGUUUAAUCAAGUUGAAAAUAUUCUCUAUAAAGUUUUCUCUAGAUAUCUUCCUGCUACUUUCAUUCAUGAAAUGUUUUUUUAUUUUAGUAACUUUGAAUUGAGUAAAUUAGUGGAAAUUAAGUAA